AGUAUAAUUAACUAAUCUCAUACUAAUCCAUAUACAAUCCAACAUGGACCCCAUCCCAUCACGUUUCCAUGCCGUUGCGUUAAUAAGCAGAAAUAUAUCAAUAUGAAUUGUGGUGUAGUAAUAGGACUGUGUCACCUUUAAUCAGACUUUCGAAUUCGAAUCUUUAUGAAAAAAAUCAUGUUAGUAACGUCACCUCCGAAUGAAUCAUGCAGUUAGUCGGGACUCCAGUAUGGCCUUUGAACACUGAAUGAAAAACCAAAACAAAUAAAUAGACCGCGAUUAUCAAACUCUACUCUCACCUUGAUAUUCUAACCUUUCGGGUUCGAGCUUAGAUACGAAAGAAAUCCUGUUGGAAGCGCCAUCUUCAAAUGAGUCCUGCGGUCUAUCCAAAUUUAGUCGGGACUCGAGUGUGGUCAGGUGAAAAACCAGAAAAAGAAAUAGAAAUAUCAAUACUCUAUUUUUACGCGUAAAACAAAACAUGACAAGUAAAAAUAAACCACGGUUAUUAAACUCUACUCUCACCUUGAUAUUAUAACCUUCCAACUAUCAUCCUCCACAUGUUGACAGUCACACUGUCACAAACUCAAUAACCCCCCAUUUUCUCUCUGUAUUUUUUUCAAGCUUUCUCCAAUGGGGGAUUGCGAUGCCGCCCCAACCCAUCACCACCCAAACAAUCUGAUCCAGAAAGAAACCGCUCUACAAGCAAUCAACACAAUAAUCCAGCUCCAUUUCGAGAAAACCCUCGAGAAAAAACGAGCAAUCGAUUUACAAAAAAAGGAACUAUGGAAGAUGUUUCAACAUUUCUUCGUCUUCCUCUCUCUAAUCUUCCUGGGUCAAGCUCUUUCUCCGAAGCUUCAAUGCCGACAUUGCUGGAUACCCAUUGGUCUUCUCUCGUUAUCCCAUCUGAUUUUCUACGUAUCUGUAGCGCAAACAUUGAGAUGCAUAAAUGGGUUUAAGUAUCAACGGAGAUGUCAUAAAUUGACAUUAGGGUUAGCUACAGAAAGGUUAAGGCAACUGAAGAUGAGGAUUAACAAUGGUGGGAUUGAAGAAAUUGGGGAUGAAUUUGAAAUACAUUAUCAAGAACCACCAGAGAGUUAUUUUGGUAAGUUUAAGAGGAAUUGGGCAUUGCAUUUUGGGUUCUUGAUUUUUAUUUAUGGAUUUAUGGUUUCUUCAUCUGUUGUAAUACUCUGUUUUUGAGAUCUUCAAAAGAAUGAA